AUGGAAGAAGAAGUUGCAGGAAAGGCUAGAAGUAAAAGGAUGUCAAGCAGCAAUUUCCUAGGUACAGGGCCUCCACAGUUUGCUGGAGAAAACUAUCACAUUUGGGCCAUAAAAAUGAAAGCUUAUCUAAUGGCUUUGAAUUUAUGGGAAGCUAUCAAAGAUGAUGGAGAACCAGAACCUUUGGGAGCUGAUCCAACAUUAACUCAAAUAAAGUCGUAUGAAGACAGGAAACCAAGGGCACUAACCUGUCUUCAUUCAACUUUAUCUAAAGUGAUUUCCACUAAGAUCAUGGUUUGCAAGUCACCUAAGGAAGUAUGGGAAAGGUUGAAAGAGGAGUAUGAAGGAAGUGACAGAGUUAAAACUGUCAAACUUUUAACAAUUAGAAGAGAGUUUGAAGUGCUCAGAAUGAAGGAAGAAGAGCUUGUGAAGGAAUAUGCAUCCAAACUUCUUGAAUUGGUUAACAAAAUUAGAUUGAUGGGAGAAGAUUUUCCAGAUACAAAGGUUGUGGAGAAAAUUUUGGUAAGCUUACCUUCCAAAUUCGAGUCUAAAGUUUUAGCUAUUGAGGAGUCUUAUGACCUCAAGACCCUCUCAGUUUCAGAACUCAUUAGUAAGCUACAAGCUUAUGAACAAAGAACCUUGAUUAGAGAUGAUGAAGUUGUUGAAGGAGCCUUUCAAGCUAAGCACAAAGGGAAGCAAAGAAAAAAGGAGUCCAAGAAAGUUGUAAAGGAGAAUUCUAAAAGAGGUAAGCAAGGUCAGAGUACACAAAUGCAAGGAAGAAAAGGAAAGUUUUCACCUUGUUGCCACUGUCAGAGAACCAAUCAAAAGGAAGAAGAUUGUUGGUUCAAAGGGAAACCACUUAUUCAAUGCAGAUUUUGCAAGGAAAUGGGGCAUAUUGAAAAGAAUUGCAAAAAAAGGCAAAAGCAGAAAAAUGAUGAGCAAUCACAGCAAGCAAAUUUUAUAAAAGAAAAGGAAAAAUCAAGUGCAAGCUUGUUUAUGGCUAUGUGUGAUACCCAUGAAGCUGCCAAUUAUGCAUGGUUUAUUGACAUUGGUUGCACUAGUCACAUGGAAAAUGAUGAACCCUUAUUUAGCAACCUAGACAAGACUAUCAAGAUUAAAGUAAAGCUUGGAAAUGGCUAG